AUGGAAGAAUUAGCUGAGUACCGCAAUCAGGCCCGAGCUGAACCAUUGGGCAAACCCGAAAAGCAAGCGGAACAACCAUACAGGGGGCGAGGCAAAGAGCUAACUCUUCGGGAUCGCCCGGCGCGAGGUUCAAAGUACUCUCAUUAUACUCCCUUAAAUGCGAGCCGAGUUGCAGUUCUUGAGCAAGCAUUGGCAUCAGAAGUGUUGGUGGUUCCAAAAAGAGCAGCAACCCCUCCUAGGGCCGAUACCAACAAGUCUUGUAGGUAUCAUCGCAAUCGGGGACAUUCUACUGAAGAGUGUGCCGCCUUGAAGGAUAGAAUUGAAGACCUCAUCAAGCAAGGGCAACUCCAAAAUUUUAUCGAUCGGCCAAAUACAUCUCGGCAUCGCUCAUCCUACCAGUAUCAGCAGCGAGACCGACCUGAGUGCUUAGAUAGACAGCGGCGUGAGCGCAGCCGAUCGCGAGAUCGGAAAGGUGAGCAACAAGCAUCGCAAAGGUGUGUGAUCAAUACCAUCGCAGGGGGCUUUGCCGGAGGAGGAUCAACUUCGUCGGCUCAGAAGAGACAUCUACGAGUGGUUCGGUCGGUCAGUCAUGUCGAACAACGUCCAAAUCGGCGAAUGCCCGCUAUCACAUUCACUGACAAGGACUUUCAAGGAAUUGAUCCGGUGCAGGAUGACCCUAUGGUCAUCAGUGUUGAGAUCCAUAAUUGUAUUGUGAAGAAAACUCUCAUAAAUCAAGGCAGUUCGGCCGAUAUUUUAUACUGGAAUACCUUCAAACAACUCGGCAUCCCUGAGGAAGAGCUAACUUCUUACAAUGAACCGCUUGUAGGAUUUGCAGGUGAGAGAGUCAACACUAGAGGGUUCAUCAAACUCUCCAAUCGUUUUUGUUUCGACGAAAAGGAACAUCGGGACAUUCAGGUGAAGUAUAUUGUUGUUUAA